CUUCGACAUUGGUGGUGGCUGCCACCAUGAGUGAGGAGAAAAAUACUUCGACUGCAGUUGUUGUGAUGCCUUCUUCCACCUCUUGGACUGACCACCCAAUGUUUGCUGCUAUGGCUCCUUGGAUCCAAUCUUUUGCUCGGGUGGAAACCGAAAGGGAUUCCCUGCGAUUGACUUCGUCGAAGCUUGCGAAAGCAAAACAAUCUGCUGAGGAGCGAUUGGGAAGCUUGGAAAAACAGGUAAAGGAUUUGCAAGACAAGCUCUCCUCCCAGCAGUCUGAAUCGAAGAAGGCACUUGACGACGCCCAAGAAGCUGUCAGUCGUCGCGACAGGGAUUUGGUUGCACGUCUAUCGGCCCUGGUUCAUGGUGCCAAAGGUCAUGAGAGCACCUCGACUUCUGCUGGGACAUCGGGUGAUGCAGUGUCACUCGAGAGUGUUAUUGCGGAGUUUGAGGUGCUGCUGUCCAAGACCCAAGGAGAUCUAGCUGCUGUGACGGGUACCCUUUGCAGUUUGCAUGCAGGGAUGUGUCCUACGGGUACAGUUCCUUCGACUGCUCAAGGUCUUGCUGCGGCGUUUGGAGAAGGAUCUUCAAUCGUGAUGGACUUUGCCCGCGAACUCACGGUACGCGGCUCGGAGUACACCCUCAAGCUCUUACUAAGCAAUGGUGCAGAGGCUAAUUUCGACGCUGCUUUGUCGGAUUACCCGAAAAAGCAAGAUGGAAAGCCACUGUCAUUUAGGGGUGUCACCGAGCCUGCUACCCGAAUGAGCGAACUUUGCAUCCGGACCAUGGAGCGUCGAGCUGAAGCUGUUGUAGCUCGGUCGCGUAAAAAUAGGGCAGAGUCUGUGUCGCAGUUUUAGAAACAUUUGUUAUGUAGUUAGGUUAUUUGAACCUGGCCUGUAUGCCUUUGCUACGUAUGCUUAGUACGCCUUUGAAUGCUUUUGCAGUUGAAUGAACUUUGC